GCGAGGCUGUCGAAGCACCUAUAUCGGGUCGCGAGGCCUACAUGAACCGCUACGUCCCCGCAUUAUUCUCGUUGAGCGCAAAACUCGGCAUCAAUGUGACCGUGGUUUACCUUGGCGAGGCGCACGCUUCCUUAUUCACGGGAAAAGCGGGAGGAGAAGGCGACAGGUGGGACAUUACUGGCAUUAUUCGGUAUGAGAAGUUUGGAGAUUUUCGAAAGCUCACGGAGCAUGAGGACUAUGUGAAGGAGGCGUUGCCGCAUAGACUAGCGAGUCUUGAAGAGGCUCGACUUGUGGUUACGACUGAGUUGUGGUGGUAUUAUGGGAUCUUGUGGAGGCAGGUGUUUUCGAGGCAUAACUAUCGUAGAAAGACGGAUGAAUCGUUUGAUGUUCAAAUGAAAUGAUUUGUUUAGGAUUCGACUAGCUCACCGCCAGUUCAGUUGACGGUUUUUCUUUGUCUGAGCAUUGAUGAUUUGACUAUACUGCCGAGUCUCGAUUGACGGAUCGUCUCAACACAAUGCGUCCACACAAGAUAUCAAGCACAAUGAA